ACGACUUGCGACGUCAACGGUUGCUACGCGAAGGUUAGAAAACAUAAAACAUUGGAUAAUUUGUUCAGAUACGACGAGAACCAAUUAAUUAAUCAGUAUUACAUUGAUAUAAUAGUAGUUUUAUGAGUUCCUAUAUAUUUUCGCGGUUCAUUACAUCAUGGAAGGUCCGGGUAUGAGUCUGUUCCAAGGGGCCGCCAGCAUUCACAUUAACAACAGUGCUCAGGACAGGCUUGAGGAACAGGAGGAGAUUGAAGACCAGAAACGACGGAAUGAGGAGCUGAAACAUAAACUAGCAAAUGCUUUUGACGAUCUUCAAGAUGAUGACGAGGCGAGUUCAGUGAAUAGCAGUGGUAACUUUACCUUGGAUGCUCAAACUAAUGGAGGAAAUGGACAUCCUAAUCAUCCUAGGACUGGAUUGCCCCCAAGUUAUGUGGAUUCUCUUAAUCACCUUAAAGAACUGCAGCACACUAGGGACUCACCUAAUAUCCAUGAAACCCCAAAAAAUAGGCACACUCCAGUUCAACACCAUGAAGACCCAGUGAAACUCCCAUUUAGCCCCUAUGGGGCAGGUGAUGGGCAAAACCAUUAUUAUCAACAGGAAUAUAGGGGACAUUUGAAUGGAAUAAACAAUAUUGAUGCAAAACAAGAAUACAUGAAUAAUGAAAAACUGAAGGUGAUGUAUGAGAUGCGUGAAAAAGAAUGUCAACAGUUAGCAGCACAGAUGGAAAAGCUUGAUACAGAAAUUGACAGUCUCCGUGCCAGACUUGCAGCUGCGGUCAAUGACAGGGACAAGUCAGAGCUGUCACUGCAAGAAGCACACCAUUUACUAGCUUCCAGUAAACACAAAAUGAUAGAACUAGAACAACAAGUGGUGAGCCUCACUGAGAAACUGGUGCUAAGCGAGCAGGAGAAAGAGCAAAUGCAGAUGGAACUGCGCGCCGCCAACGUCAGCCUGCAGGAGGUGCAGCAGCGGUUACACACUUUCCAGGUUGCUCACACACACGAUACUGAUGCACUGUUUAGAGAACAGCAGGACAGACAUAGAGAGGAAGUCGAUAGACUGCACGCAGAUUUAACAAAGGCUAAAAGCAGAUUGGAAGAGAAAGCAAGUGAAAUAAAAAUACUGGAAAAGCGGUGCUUAGAAAAAGACAAACAGAAAGAGGAACUGUUGAUUGAUAAAGGGGCAACUAUCAAUAGAUUAGCGAGUGAACUAGAGGCGGCGCAAAGUCGACUGGUGAACGGCGAGACCUCGCGGUUAAAGGAGAAGGUAGCGCAGUUGUCCAGUGAGAGGAAUGUUGCCAGGGAACAAGUCAAGGAAUUAGGGUCUAAACUGGAGGUGACGGCACACGAGCUGGUACUCUGCCGAAAUAAGCUGGCGGCCAGCCAGAAGGAGUACGACAGCUGGCGCACCGCGCUACAUCAGAUCCUCGUGGACUCUCUCCCAGAGAAUACAUAUCUAGGUGAACCUCCGUCGCCUGGUAAAUUAUCGACACUAAAGGAUGCUCUAAGUAGAUACAAACAACAGAUUAAUAAGGUUUCGGCGUUACAAGAAGAAAUUGCUAAAAGGGACAAAAAACUGGAACAGCACCGCAAGCAAGAAUCCGAGAUGCGAGCCAAAAUAGAGGAGCAGAAAGGCAUCGAGUUGCAGCUAAGCUCUCGCGUGGCCGUGCUGCAGAGCCAGUUAGAGUCGCUCGGCACCGGCGACGACAAGCUCAGCGAGCGGCUGCAGGCCGACCUCGACCACGUCCGCGCGCAGCUCAGAGAUAUGGAGCUGAAGUACACGGAGCUGGAGCUCGAGCACGACAAGGUGAAGGAGUCCCGCGGCGGGCGCGCGUCGCUGGCCGCGGCCGCCAACGCCGACCUGCUGCGCGAGCUGGAGCGCUGCUCCGCGCAGCUGCGCGCCGCCCUAGGCGACAACACUGAGCUCAAAACUCUGUACCUGCAGGCUUGCAGUACGCGGGAUAGCGCGUCAAGAGAGCUAAAAGACGUCCAAUCUAGAAUACAACAAGAGCGGGAUCUAUACAAGUCACAAGAGAAAGAAUACGUGGAGAGGAUAGAAAAGGAAAGACAGCAGUUUGAGAAGCUGACCGCGGAGCUGACCAGCUCCAAGGACGAGCUGGAGCGCGCCAACAAGCGGAUAUCGGAGCUGCAGAAGGAGUUCACUGACAAACAGAAGGAAUUUACUGACAAACUCAACAAAUAUCUUGAAGAUGAAAAAAGUGCGAUGCGAAAAGAAAUGGAACCUUGUGCGCAAUGUGAGAAAAAUUUAAUGCAAAUUCGGCAGCUAAAUGAACAGCUUAGCAAAUGCAGUGUUAAAUUAGCUACCCAAGAGAGCAACGAAGCUCUGAUGCAGGAGUUAAAAGGCAAGGCGGAGUUCUUCCAGCAGUACAUCCUCGAGCGGUUCAACAAGCUGCGCGACCAGCGCUCCGUCGCCACCAACACCGACCCCACCGACCAACCCAUCGAGCACUUGGUGCAGACCUGCGACGACGCCAUAGCGACCAAGACUGCUCUCAUGAUGAAAGAAAAAGCUAUACGAGAUCAAAUAGCAGAAAAGUUCACUCUGGAGAUGAAAACCGCGGAAAUGAACUGCGCGCGACGGCUGAAGGAAAUGGAAAACGAACAAAUAGCCACCGUCACAAAGCUGAAGGAGCUGUUACAGCGGAAAAUGCAGGAAGUAGAGACCCUCAAACAGUUUAUAUUGACAGAGAGAGCCAAGGUGUCGCAAAUACUCGAGUCGAAAGAGAACGAGAUAUCCGUGUUGAUAAAGGAACAUAAUGCGAUACAAGCAGAAUGUGAAAAAACUAGGGACAUCCUCAAUGAGUGGAAAAUCAAGGCCGAGAAAUACGAGAAAAAGAUACAGCGGUUAGAAUUACUUAAACAAGAAAAGGAGGAGUUGGAACACAGUCACAGUUCUUGUGAAAAGGAAUUGAGAAAUGUGAAAAGUAAAAUAAAUAGUUUACAAAGAAAAGUAGCUACUUCAGAACAGAGUUACGAAAGCUUGCAGGCUGAGCACCGGACCUUGUUGGAGAAGUACAAAAAUGCAAAAAAAUCUAUAUUGACACAUAGGGAAUAUAUAUCUAAAAAAGACGCCCAUCUUAAUAACGAAUUUAACAGAAUUCAAGAUGAGUACAGAAAAAUCUUCGUGAAAAUGCAAAGUCAGAUAACCUAUCUUUCCAACCGUCGGGUACAGGAGGAAAAAACAAAUGGAAGACCCGCUACGCCCACGAAUAACUAUGAGUUUGUAGAAAAAAUAAAAAAGUUGACCAAGGAGUUGGCAGACCUCACUCAGUCUACAGCUGCGAUGACGAGUAACUAUCCGGAUAUCAACUAAUGGGACUCGUUUUUAAGGAGUUGAUUCUGAAAUUUGAAACGGUACUGAGCGGUACAACCCAAACUGGCAGACACGUGCGGGCAGACGUGGACCUAUUUGCCUUGGCACCGACUUCAAACACACCGGGAAAUCGUAUGUUAUCACAUACCAAUUUUAUUGAAGUGAAAACUUCUUUAGCGGCGCUGUGCACUUUUUGUGAUGGGGAAAAAAUGUUAAACUCGCGACAGCGUAAGAAGUAAGAUUCGUAAGACGUAAGAUUUCGUGAUGGGGAAUAAAUGUUAAACUCGCGACAGCGUAAGACGUAAGACGCUUCGUAAGACGUACACGUGACCUGAUCGAAAAACUUCGUAAGACGUACACGUGACCUGAUCGAAAAGUCCGUCUUGUUUGUUUUUGGACAAACAGCCUUUUCACGAUAAGACUUCAUGUCCGACUAGUUUAAGCUAGUUAUUUCGAAGUAUUGAAGGUUUAAAGAUAAUUUUUAUGACAAUAUCUGGCUCUGUUAGAAACAGAAUCUGCAUGGAGUCAAACUUCACUUGUCAAGUUGAAGCCACAGUUGAAGCUUAUGUUUUUAAUAUUUGGAAAUCGACCUAAAUGUGUGCCAUGUCAUUUAGGUCUUCCCUUUGACCACCAAAGACGGCAACUGACGGUUCGGUUACAGUGUAGGUAAUUUCAACCUUCGUGCAUUUCAAUAAGGCGCAACAAUGGCGCAUUGUGUAGUUUGUGGCUUUUAAAGAAUUAAAAUAAUGAUCGCAGACUGAAAAUCGAAAUCACAAAUAAUGAGUUGUAGGAAACAAAUGCCGCCGAGCAGGCUCGAACCAGGAUAAACGCGCAUAGUGCAGGUGGUGCUACAAUUUUUGAGGUCCUAACUGACAGGUUAGCUUUUGUACCUUCAUAUAUUCAAGGUUUGAAUUUUAAAAAAAUAUACCAAUUUCUUGUGUAAGGAGUUAUUUGUUUGUAAAAUGAAAAAUAUAUUUUGUGAAUUUAAUUAGUCCCAUAUAAUUAUCUAAUCUAUAAAAAUAACGGAAAAGUACCUACUACGACAGCAAAGACAACAAUAAUGUUGGUUGGAACCUAUUUCAAGCGCCCUCUGUAGUGAGCGAGAGGCAGUUUUGCCCCAUUAAUGAAUCUGUCUACAUUAUAUUCAUUACUGUGGCAAGGUCAAGGUAUUAGGUAUUAAUGUAUAUUUGUAUAUUUUAAUAAAUGUAACUGAAGAACCAUCAUCAACAUUUAACCAACCAUUAGUAAACCUUAUUGCAUAGCUAAUAAGGACCACCAUUGGUAGGUUAAGAGUGAUACUGUUAAAACAUGGACUGAUAUGUUAGAUAUGAUUUUAAAAAGUAAUAUUCCAUGCAAGUAAUCCUGUGAUAGUCAACGCUAAGUACAAUGUAAAUAUACUUAAUAACGUAUUAGUAUUAAUGAAGUGCCAAAUCACUCGACAUUCCUUUGGAUUCCAUGCUCACUGUUUACAUGCCUUUAUCGUAGAUACUGCCUAUUAGCAGAGUAAAAUAAUAAUGAUGAUGACAUGACGUUCCUUUUUUCAAUAAGUUUUAUUAAUUAUCGCUCAAAAACGAAUAAUAAUAAAUGUUUUAUUAAUGACUUGUUUUAAUUAGUAUUAGGUAUUUUUUGAUGUACUGUUUCUAUUAUGUGUUAAAGGUACCUUGAAUAAAAAUGAUACUUUAAUA